GUCAAAAAUGUCAACGAAAUUUUCGGCGUUUUCGCGCGCGGCUGUCUCUUCUGUUUACUAUCUAUUCGUUUUAAUCAAUUCGUGAUUAUUAGGAUACACUACAUUGUUUUUACUUCACAGUUAACUAAAAAAGCCAAAGGGGCUAAUAAUAUGACUGAUGACAAACCUAUAAGUUGGUGUGAAGAUGUUGAUGAAAAUGACAGCACUGAAGUUCGAAAAGCUACCAAAGAAAAAAUUAAAGAAGAUAGAGAUAAUUCCAGCAGUAGAAAAAGAGUGAAAUACAACAGCAAAAGUGAAUCAGAUGAUGGCAAAACAAACCGACCUCCAAGAAAACCUUUAGAGUUGGAAACUGACCCAGAUAUUCUUCAAAGAAGACAGAAGCAAAUUGAUUAUGGUAAAAAUACUGUUGGAUACCACAAUUACACAGAGCAAGUGCCUAUAAACCAGCGUACAAAGGAGCAUCCAAAAACACCUGAUAAAUACACAAAAUAUAGUCGAAGAUCAUGGGAUACUCUGAUCAAAAUGUGGAGGAAAAAACUGCAUGAAUACGACACAACAAAAGUGCCUGAUGGUGGAGAAUCAGACUGAGAGGAUUAGUAUUGUUAUACAUACAAUAAUAUUUACUUGUACUUAGUUGUAUUCUUUGCUAUUGUAAUAAUUAUAAUGUAUAGAUGAUUUGGACAAUUAAUACAAAAACAUUUUAAGUAA